UAUUUUCUUACUGGCAAGGCGAUCCUAUGCAGCCACCCUCGUAUUCUAGUCUAACAUGCAAUUCGCAAUAAAAAUGCUAAAAGUUGCAUUUAAGCUUUCGCUCAUUGACUAUAGAUCAUCAAUUUGUGCGACUAAACUAGCAAACUCUAUAAAUGCCACACACCAAACAUAAAUGUUUUCACAGUCGCAGGAAAGGCCUAAGCAAGUGUAACAUUCAACUAGUCGUGUCAUUUUUAUUGCCUAUAACAAGUAGCCGAGAGUUUUGCGAUUGCAAUGCAGUUAUUAAAUAUUUUUGUGUUGCUUUGCCUCGCGUUGACGAUGUGCUUCACAUCAACGAACGGACAGGUCUGUGCGUGUCCUUACAACUACGCUCCUGUCUGCGGAAGCGAUGGCCGAACUUAUAGCAACGACUGUGACUUACAGUGCAAUCAGAGAUCUCGUGGCGGAUUAAGAAAAACGCAUAACGGAGCAUGCUAAAAUGUGCACACUUUUCAUUUGAAUAAUGAUUAUAUAUAAUGAUGUUGUAAUUAUUAAUAAAAUACUAACUGUCAUAAAUAAGUCACUCAGUGAUGCGAAAUCUAUUUUAUUUGCUUGGUGCUCUAAUCAAUUCUUAUUCUUCAAAGCUAUUUUCUAGCUAGAAUGACGUUUUAAAGAGUGAGCGGGUGUAACUAACUGAUUAGUACGCGCCCGCAUGCAAAGGCAAAUGGAAAAACUCAAUGCCAACAAUUACUAAGAUAAAAAUUACGAAGUAUCAUCCCUCAACUACAAAAAUAGAUAUAUGCAGCGGAGUGUUUCUAAUCGGCUAAAUUGUUUUCUUAACAAAAAUAAAAAUUAGUAAAUGUAAACAUCGUUAAGGAAUUUUUAACAUAUUGUAAUUACAGUCGAAGCUCACAAAUUAGAACCACUUUGUUUUUAAAGUGCUAAUGUCUGAAAAAUUUUAGUUUCUAGAAGUUUAUUUGUAAAUGUAAAAGCAGAAAAAUUGGUUAAAUUUAUCUCAAAAAACUACAAUUAAAUUCUUUUUUAAGGCAAAAUCCAGUACAAUACAUAUCACAAGUUCAUAUUGAAUUAAACAUAUAUCUAUGCAUGUAUACAUUAAAUCAAAAAUAGAUGCAACAAAAAAAACAAAAAGAUGCACUACAAUUUUAUUAUUUAUAUUUAACCUGUUAAAAAUAAAAAAAAAGAAUAUAUUCUCAGUAAAAAAUAAAGAUAAUUACGAUAAUUUUCAAAGCUAAGAUAUUAGUUCUAAAAUAGACGGCUUAAUCAAUUAUGUAAUUAAUGCAGGUUCUAAUUUGUAAGCGUCGACUUUACUCUUAAUUACUUAUUAAUCAUUAUUUUCUAGCAAUUUGCUGUGUAUGAAAGCCACUUAAUUUUUUACUAAACCUCAGUGGCUACAUUAGGUUUUUCCAGCGAAAUCGCAAUAUAUAAACUCGUGCAAAUAAUCUCGCUUUAUUUAUGUACUUAAGUUGAGUUUCAGAUCAUCUAAUUUGUUCUUCAAAUAUACUGUAUCUACCUACAAAUAGCACCGCCGGACAAAAAUACUUUCAGAAUUCAAAUCAAAGCACAGUUGGAUAAUCUAAAAAAAUUUUACCUUUUCCAGUUAAAAGAUAAAAUGCAAAUUUUCAACUUAUUCAUGUUAUUCCUGCCGACGCUGGCACUCUGCCUCACAGUGUCGAAUGAAGCAACACACUGCAUCUGUUAUUACAAUUACCUGCCUGUCUGCGGAAGCGACGGACACACAUACGCCAACGAUUGUAAUUUCGAAUGCCAUCAAAAGGCCAACGUCGGUUUGACACUAGUACAUCGGGGACAUUGCUAGUAAUAUUUGGAUUUUAAUUUUAUAAUUUCUACUUGGCUUAUAUCACUUAAAUAAAUGUCUGAAACCCGCUUUUGCACAAUGUGGUUAUUUGAAUUAUAGAAAAGACCGAAUUAAAGGGGAAACCGACCUACAGGUUUACACCAGUACAUUAAUGUUAUACUAUUUCUAUAUAUUUUAUAUAUUAUAUUAUUUUAUGAAAUCGUGGUGAGUUCUGGGUCAGUAAGUCAAGUUCAAAGCGAUAAGCGUUUUUAAGAGUUUAAGCUGAGCAAUCACAAGCACAUCUUGUGUGAGACAGAUAACCAAAAUUCAAUAUUGAUGAUUUCAAAUAUAUAUUAUAUAUGCGCUUAACAUUGGGGUAGACAAACUUAUACCCCGAAAGGGGUAUAUUAAGUGUGCCACGAAAUUUGUGAUACCCGGAGGGGACAGCAUAUAUGAGUAUAUGAAUGAUCAGCGUGACUAGCUGAAGCGAUUUAGUCAUGCCUCUCUGUCUGCAUGAUAUGUUCGCCUGUCUGUAUAUACGUGAACUCAGUUUUUGAGAUAUCGCUUUGAAAAUUUACAAACGUCCGUUUCUCCUCAAAACGUUUCCCAUUUGUCGGAACUGCCUGUGUCGGAUGACUAUGGGAUAUAGCUGUCAUACAAGCUGAUCGAUAAAACUUAAAAUGAAGAUCUUCAUAAAAUAUAUUUUUUCUUUAUUAAAUAGUCUUGAUUCGACUUGUAGGUUGUUAACAUCAAACAACGUGGCCAGAAAGUACUAUCCUUUUCAGAUUUUGUUAUACUACUACUACUACUGUUACUAUAAGAAAUUCACGUGUGAAUAAUAUUUUAGCUUCGAUGCAGCCGGAGUUAACGUUUUUUCUUGUUUUGUAUUAGAAAAAACAACAUCUUUCUGAACAUAUUUAUUCUUAAUCCAAUAAAAUAGUUAUAAAUAAUAAUAUUGCGUGGUUAACUACUUUCCAGAUACUACUUUUUAGUUUGCUUGUAUUUUUAUGGUAUAUACUAAAUUUGUUCAGUUGUUCAUUAACAUAAUAAUUCAGACAUAAACAUUUGCUUUCGCUUUGGUAUUUGCUCAAGUUGCUAUUAACUACUUUAACUUUAGUUUUUAAUAGCGUGUUGACGAAAAAUCACAUUUGAGCGCUAAGCGAACUAUUUUCGCUAGCUACAAUUAGUUUUUAAAGAUCAAGCUUUCGGCUUAGCUAAGUUUACCACAAAACAAUUCGAUUCGUUGGCCGACACAUUAUUUAUUCAAGAGAUAAGAAAACACUACAGCUGUUUCAGUUUUUAUCAAUAAAACUCUUUUCCACACAAGCCACGCAGUUCAGUUGUCUGCCGAAAGCACUUGCGCGUAGUACUCUAUGGAAGUAACCACCAGUUGCGAUCAAGCCACUAACUACACAUAAUUCAAAAAAAAACACAUAAACACACACGAAGUACAGAUUAAAUAUGCAAACAAUGAAAUUCAUGUGUUACAUUGCGUCUUUCCUGCUGGCCAUCGUAUUGUUUGCCGCACUGACCGAAGCUGCAGCAGCUGAAGUCGAUUCUGAUAACGAGGAGGGACUCGACUGCAUAUGUCCACGCCACUUUGAGCCAGUCUGCGCCGCUAAUUUGGUAACCUAUCCGAAUCGUUGCAUGUACGAUUGCGUGCGUCGCGGCGAGGAGCGUAGAGGACGUAGUCUGGAGUUCCUGCGCUCCGGACCAUGCGGGGAGUGACGAUUAUAAUAAGACUUUAUUGUUUAUGCUAAGCCAAAGUAACGCUAUUGUUUUCGAAUAAUAAAUGUGAUAAAUGAUAUAGAUUGUUUUUCUAUGAACAUUA